ACCCGGACCCCGGCCGGGCCUCCGCCGCCACCGCCGCCCGUGCGGAACGGGCACCGGGACUCCAUCUCCACCGUCAGAGCAUUCCUGGAUGACUUUGAAUCCAAAUACUCCUUUCACCCCGUUGAAGACUUCCCAGCCCCAGAGGAAUAUAAAUACUUCCAGAGAAUCUACCCCAGCAAAACAAACAGAGCUACGCGUGGAGCUCCCCCUCUGCCCCCCAUCCCCAGGUGAAACCGGGCUGUGCAGGUGGAUUGUUCCAGAGCAGAGACAUGGACCACCUUCCCCUUCCUCAGCCGGACCCCCCCUCAGCUCCCAGCCCCACGGAUCCUGCAUGACACACUCCCAGCCUCUCCGGUUUUCCCAGGACAAGUGGAUCCCCCCAGUCCAGCGUGCUCCGCCAGCCCCACCUCAUCUAUGCAUCCCCCAGGACUCAGUGACCUCGUGGCAAGCCUGGAUGGGUCCAUCCCUCAUUCCUCCUCAUGGAUCCUGGGUCGGGAUCUGCCUGGGAGCCGGGCACAGGACUUGAGGCUGAGCCAUGUGCCGGCUGUUGGGACCAGGGGGGCUCAUGGAGAGAGGCUGGGGUCAGGCAGGGAAUGGACAUGCUGUGAGACCCCCAGAGCGAGGAGAAGCAGGGACAGGCCAGCAGCGCCUCAUUAUCCUGGGAAAGCCUCGUUAUCUUGGUGGAACCUUGUUGUCCUGGCACAACCCAUUGCUUUUUUGCACAGGAGCCAGUGGAGAUGGGGGGGGGAACAUGAUUGGGACCAUGCAGGGACACCUCAAACCCCUUUCUCUGACCCCACAGGGGCGGCACCCCCAUGUGCCCCCCUCAAAACCACUGCUCCCCUGGCAUUCCCCCCUGGGGUUCUUCUGGCUCUCACUGCUGACUCCCCCAAACUUGAGCAUUUUAACAAGAAAACACUAAUUACUUGGGGGGACCGUUCGUGCUGGGUCUGGCACGUCAGGGGGUACGUGGGGGGGGCCCUGGGGGCCGGUGAUGUUUUGCCUUACACUCCCUGUCCAACGGGUGGUCCCGGCAGGACUGUCCGUGUUCCCGUGGCGGGGGUCACACUAACGUAGUUACUGAUCUCUUUGUACCAUAGCAGGAAGGGCACGGGGUGCAGAGGGGCCACCCCUGCAGACAGGCUUUGGGGCUCAUUCAGGGGAUUUUUUUCUAGGAUGGACCUUCCCCUGUUGAGGCUGGAGCGAGGUGGGUGAGGGGUGAGUGGGGGGUUUCUCUGGAGAAUGAGCCCCCCCAGCGCUGCCCUCUGGGUUAAAUAUAGGUUCAACACGGUUCUGCCCCUCCGAGAGUGAGGGGCCCUUUUAAAAGGGAACAGAGGAAUUUGGAGGAGCUGGAAAUUACAUUUAAAUAAAAGUAAUAAAGUGAUACAUAAUGUCAAGGA